AUGCGCCUUGCACUCUCGACGGGCUUCCUUGCGGCCGCACUGCCGGCGAUCCUGGCCUGGAACAUGGCGCCCGUGCGCUCGAUCCAGGCCCGCGCCCAGGGCGACACGCCGGUGUGGGAUGCGACCAACAAGGCGUACGUCUCAGCGUACGGCAAGACGUUCGAGGACCAGUUCGCGGCCGUCAUGGACUCGGUCAACCUCGCGAGCGUUGAAGGCGUCCUCAAGUACGUCCAGUCCGAGUGCAUCAACGCGCCCAACCUCCAGCUCUGCCAGCGCAAGAACCAGGUCAAGAACAUCGUCUUCUAUGACAUCACCAUGGUGCAGCCGAACGCGUCGCUCGCGCAGUUUGCCACCAACACGGACGUGUACCCCGAGUAUGGCCCGUUCGUGGCCAUGGACAGCGGUGCGUGCACGCCCGCGGGCACGAGCCUCCCGCUGCCGUGCCUCCAGUACAAUGGCCUCAACGGCACGGUCAACCUCGGCCCGUUCGUCGGCGGCGUGCCCCAGAGCCUCGACGGUCGCGCCUUGUACCCUGGUACGAUCUGGUUUUCGUACCCCAACAGCUGCGUGCAGUCCAAGUGGAGCGGCAAGUCGCCGGCGUGCCGCGAGCUCUUCAAGGGCGGUCUCUGCCCGUUCGGUGUCAAGCCCGACGGCGUCACGUGCACGUUCUCGUAUUCGAUCCUGGGGUACCUCGCGCUCGAUGACCUCGUGGGCAUCACGAGCAUGACCAACCCAGCGACGAGCGCACCGUUCGCCAACUACAGCCAGUUCUGCAACGCCAAGCUCACGGAGUUCAGCGCGACGCUGCUGCCCAACAACUCGUGGGCCGACGUCACGUCCGACUUGACGUUCUGGAACAACCCGAACGACCCGGCGGCCAACCAAGCCCGUGCGGCCGCGGUCGUCUCGACGUACGCCAAGAAGAUGACGUCGAGCAUGGGCGCGAUCCCGACGAUCGAGGCGCUCACGGCCGCCAACCCGCCGUGCUACAAGAACUCCAAGAUCUGCUACGACGCGCCGUUUGGCUGCCGCCGCACCUUGUACGCGCAGGUGUGCGAAGUGUGCACGGAAGCGUCGCCCGACUGCGUCGUCAAGGACUCGAGCUACACGUUCCCGGCGCUGACGUUGCCGACGCUGCCUCCGUCGACGACGACGACGACGGCGCCCGUGUCGGGCAGCUCGUCCGGUGCGCACAGCGUGUCCCAGCAGACGGCCUCGGAUGCGUCGAGCUUGCAGAGCGUCGGCGCGGUUGCUGUCGCCACCGCGGUCUUGACCUACCUUUUUAAAUGCUUCAAUCACAUGUGCCCGAGCUAG